GAACUAUCUUCUUGCCAUGAUGCCGAAAUUUGAAUUUAUUGGUUCGACAAUCAUGAGAAACUUCGCGAUCAGAUUGCCAUGGUCUUCCCAGCAUCAUAUGAACACAAUUCAUCUUCACAACGUCACAAUUUACCUCGUCUUCGUAGUUGCCGAUUUGAAAACGAACCACAACUUGCUUAGUUACGUUAAUUGUUCUGUGCUCAUAGAUCCAACUGAAUUGAUAAGGCUAUGGAUGCCUUUGCGUCGUUAAUCCAAGCUUCUGGACCGCGUUUAGGAUGAUGACGUUUGCACAGGAUCCUCCAUUGAUCACGAGGUAUAAUAAUUUCCCUUACCAAGCAUAGACUGUGAAACAAAUUUUCUCGCUAUUCGUCGGACUCUCUAUGCUUGAGGACGACUGCUGGAGGCUUUCCUUUGCUACAAAAUCGAGGUUGUUGGGCCUUGAAAUUGCUCUCCACCAUCACCUUUCCGUAGAACUGAAUUUCACUCGAUUUUCAAGUACAAACAGCAGUUGUAAAGCACAAACAGGGGCUUCCCUGUUUUGGAACUCGACUUCUGCUAUAUCGAAACAACAGGUUUUCUUCUCUUCCUUGCCCUUGUGUAGAACCGGGCUCUGAUACCACUUAAUACGACACUGGGAGUGUAUAUUAUCAAAUUCAUGCAGCUAACGACUCAAUCGAAGAAUCGAUUGAGCUCGAAUCAAGAAUGAAGCGUUCUUAAUACGAACUUGGAUAAAACGGAACCAAAAGAACGACUCCGCACCUGGGGAACGCUCGAUUGGUAUAGAAUGGUAGUUGCUCGACCAAGAUUGAAGUGACUAUUCAAUCGAUACACAAGCUCAGCAAGUUUGGAAUCCACCAAACCAAAACAAGUUCGCAAACUUGAACAAACCAAACGGUUUCUUUUCGAUUAAUCAACUCUUAUGUUUUUACAACGAAAACUAGAAGGUAUUUAAAGGAAAAUAAACCUAAUACAAACCUAAUGUACCUAGAAAACAAUUAAGGUAAAAAAAACUCUAAAACAGUGUAAAACUCGGCCACAAACUUCCUUUCUUGACGCACAAGUAAGCUGCCAGCAAAACACUCAAAAGGCAGCUUUCGUACUAACUGCCUUUCAUUCGAGGCCUUCCAGAAAUCCAAUUCUUCAUCCAAUUCCUUCCCUUUGUUCACAAACAUACCUAGUUUCAUGUUGUGGAAGCCUUUUGACUUGAAUCCCAUCCAUACUCCUUGAAUUGAGCUCCAAAGUAGGCUUCCCAAAACAGUUUUCUACCUUAGUCAUUUUCUGGCAGUUUUUCAGUUUUGAGGUAGCAACGUUGAGGCCUUGGAAAACAACCUUAAUGACAUCAUCUGGAUCCAAAAAGUAUACCAUUGGAAAGAUGGAAACUUUAUCUGCAAAACAAAUCCUUAAACUUAAAUUUCCACCAAGCCAAUUGAGAGAACUAUGCCUCCAAAGUAUGUACCCUGAACACGGAUUUUGACUUGGCCAAAUUCUGCCCUUCUUCUUCCCAACUUUGUUAGCUUCUUCGUCAAGUAAAUUAAACGUGUAUAAUGGACCAUUUGGGAUCAAUUCUGUGUACGAUUUGAGCAAAGAAAGGCCAAAGUGUUGAGGGCAACACUUUUUCAAGAGGGAGGGCCUGAGAUUUUACUCCCUUUACACUCAGCUCAUAUCCAUUGAAGCUGACUAUGUUUCUGCUCUAAAAUUUCCAUACUUGCUCCCAAAAUAUUAUCCUCGCUUCCAUGAUUCCAUAGGCGCCAAUGGUUGCUCGUUUGGAGGUCAAACGAAUAAGUUAUAGCCAAAACAAACAUUCUGUUAGUUUUCAAAGUACCAAUUAUCGAAACUAAAAUUUUCCAGCCAACCUAGUUGACUACGAGUGUCUACGACCCUUCUGAAAAAUUUCAUCCUCAGUCCUCAAACUUAUUGAAUUAACAAACAUGCUACCUGAACUUGACAGAUUUUCGUCCAAACUUCAGAGGCUCGGUUCUCCCUUGUUUGACGUCCGAAUUCAAUUUCGUCAAGACCGGGAUGCUCUUGAGAUUUUCAACUACGUGAUGGUACAAAGGUGGGAAGCUUGGUUGAGACCGACCAUGCCGGGGUAGCGGGGCUGCCGUCGAAUCUAUCGGACCUCCGAGAGGGAUUGUUGGGUGUGUUCGUCGAACGGAUGGGAAUCUGGUCGGGGACAAGGCAUUGCUCCGCUGCUGUUGGGAACGAGUGGCUGGGGGGAUCAGUCUUUCUUUUCCUUUUUAUUUGUGCACCCCUCCUGUGCAAUGGUAGAAGAAGCAUAUAUAUAUAUAUAUGGUGACUUCUACGGUGCCCAGGGCAAAAGCAGGGUACGGGUACCUUGGCCGAUCUUAACCGUUCGUUUUCAAUCUCCACGGCUCACGUUUGUUAAACCUAACUGCGCCACUAAAUAACUAAACAAAUUACAAAAAGCCUCCUCCGCGUUAAGUUUGUUUUCAUCCUAGUCCAACUAACUGCCCCGAUUAAAUUAAAUGGAUUAAGACCGAAACCCAAUUGGGUAGACCCACUGCCGCCCAAACCAAUUUCCAGUCUCCCUAACCAAUUACACGAUCCCUCUCUCGUCUUGGAGGGACGCCCCUUCACAGUUCCAAGAGAAGCUCCCCAUCCACAUUCGACGUAGAUUGAAUAUCCCAAAAAAAAUUUGUCUUGUUUCUUCUUCGCCAUUGUAUUUCCCCUCGCCUAUCUCUUUCUAACACGAUUACGGCGACCAUGUCUAUUAUUGUGUUCAUCGAACUUUUAAUUUGCAAAAGAACCCUUGAAAGAGGUUUGCUAACCCUAGGGUUCAUGUCCCUAGUGCUUUGUCAUCUUGUCUUAGCGUUAUUGUGAUUUUCUCGAGCCUUAUAUCUCUCGGUGAAUUUAGGUUUCCUGAUAUGUAGUGUUCGUCUUGCCCAGAGGAUUGAGGAAGAAGAUGAAGAACACAUAAUUUGAUUCGAAUCGGAUGGAGAGGUCUCCUUAGUUUGUGUUUAUGUAUUAACGGUGCGUUUAGGACUAAUUCUAGUUGGACUGGGUCUGAUCAUUGAUUUUUGCAGGCUUUUAAAUAACAUUCAAACGUGGGCUUGUACAUGACCCAUGCAAUAUUCAAAAGUGGGCCUGGAACGUGCGAGCCCAUUAGUUUUCUCCUGCGGUAUCAGCGCCAACCCUAGUUUAACUAGCUUUAGUUACCCUAGUUUAACCUACACGAGUUAACAUCAUCAUUACUACAUAUCUUCCCAAAUCUUCUAACUCUUGACAUUCCAGACUCAACCGUCUCCAUCACACGUCUACACACUCAACCCCCACGAUCACUUUUUCUUACACCUACAAUCUCUCUUUCCUCCAUCUUCACCUUCCCUUGUUCCUUCUUCCUCUGACUCCAUGGCAAACAAAGGCAAAUCGUUUGCGGAUAUGGGCAUACUAACUCUAUCAAACGACGACUGCCGAUCCACCCCAAGUCUCGCGGACUAUCUUUCAUUCACGAGCAAGACAUCUAUUGUGGCCGAGUACGAGUUCAUCCACCUGUCCCCUUUCCCUCAAGAAGUGAAGCAGUUAAUUAAAAAUCUUGGCUGGGAAAAGUUCUUUGAUCUCCGGAGUCGAGGAAGCACCAGUUACUGCCCGCAUGUGGUGAGGAAGUUCUACCACAAUUUAGAGCUGUCUGGUCCCUCCGAUUCUCAUCUCGUGUCGGUCUUCCUAGGUUAUAGAGCCUGCUUCCAGCCUCAUCAGUUUGCUGAGAUCCUCGAUCUCCCCGCCGCAGGACACCACAUUGAUAGCAGAAGCGAUCUUCGGCUGUACGAUUUUGAGUUCGAAGUUGAACUGGCGAGACUGACGAAUGGGCGCAUCCAGGCUUCUUUCCUCCCAGAUCCUCUUCGAUUCCUCCAUUGGAUGAUCGUCAACUGCUUCAUGCCAAGGUACAGUGGUCAUUCGAUAAUUCGUAAACUUGACCUGUUUAUCCUUGUGCAAGCUCAAAGAGGUGUUCCUCUUAACCUCGCAUCUCUCAUGUGCGUGAACAUGGUUGAGGCUGCUCCUAGAGGGGAAAACUGGUACACUUCCUUUCCAUAUGCCACCUUCUUGACCACGUUUCUGGGAAGGGUUGGGAUGGAUAUGGGGGUUUAUGCUAGGGAGGACCAUUUCGCCUAUUUGCCAGUCUACCGUAUCGUCGAAGUGACCAAUACUUUUUAUGACCUUCGGCAUACGGAGCAUGAAGAGACCCCUGAGGCAUCCUCAAGCAAACGUCUUCGGCUUACAUGAUAGUCGAUUGAUGCAGGGCGGGGUGGAGCAGUGAAGGGGCCAGCAUUGGAUGUGUUUUGUUAAGAAGUUUACUGUAAGGCUUCGUUGUUUUUUUUUUCAGUCUUUUUCUCCAGCACUCAAAACUGUCAGGUACUGAGGGGAGCCAGUACAUCAUCUGACUAGGAAAGUCUCCCAUUUUUUUAAUUAUCCAGACAAAUAUUUUUCUAUGCAUGCAGUAUUUUGUGAAUUUGCCAUGGCUAAUUUCCCUAAGACAGGUGACGAGAUGCAGUAAUGGUCAUCCCUAAGCAAGGAGGUGCAAUUGCAUCCUACACUUGCUAUGAUGUGAGAAGCUAUUGCAAGGGUGCAAAUUUGGUUGCAAUUGAAAUUGGCCCACGAGUGGGGACUAUUGAUGAAAUUGCAAUGUUUUCUCAAAAUUAUAGAAGUGGAAGUAGGGACUACCUAUGAAAUUGCAACCUAUGAAAUUGCAAAUGAAUUUCAUUGGGGGAG